AUUGAUUUAGGUGCGGAGAAAACGUCAAUAAUUUAGCCUACGGAGUGUUUUAUUUUUAUUUUGAAACGUGCACCGGAAGUGUCUUUCUACCUUUUUUAGGUAUUUUUUCAGUGCUUUCAAGAUAGAAGUCUUGCAUAGGUUCAGACUUCAGGAGUGACAAGUUACAAUGGCGAGAGCUGCUCAUCUGUCUGUACGUCGUCCUCUCUGGUCUUGUGGACACGGGAAGAAGCUGCUUGUCUGAGUCCGUGAACGUUUCAUGUUUUUUUAAAGGACCAACCCAACCAGCUUUUCAUGGAGGGGUAGGGUGGAUAUUCAAGGACAUUUUAUCGUUACCAUAGCUACUUUGGCCUUUUCUAUCGAUUGAGGAAAUCCAGCGUGUUGCCCUCCCGCGCAAUGAUGUGAUCAGAUUUGGUAAACACUGUCUGGAGCCGUGCUCGAUAGAGCCAAACGGGCUGUUCGGCGUGUGAUGCUUGUGUGCGGCUCAUCGUUGCUCGUCUUACCCGCGCCCCUUCGCUGCAGACGGACAAAACAAACGGUCACUUGAGGAGGGAGUCAGCCGCGGACUUUCUGGGCGUAUUUUUGUAUUUUUUGGGGGGGUCUGUGAUGACAUCCAGACAUAAUCAAACCAGAUCCGACUCUCACUGAGGACGCCCAGCCUCAGUGAAGAAAGUCGCUUCCCUAAACCCCCAAAGAAAGGCGGGCCAACUUUGGAUUGUGGUGAAACCAGAGGUGCAUCAGGUCCAGGAGCCAUCCAUGUGAACAUCAGCUGCUUGGUUUGACGCAUCUUAACUAGGAGCAGUCGGAGUCUCUCCUUUUCCCUCUCCCCUCCCUCCCCUCUGCCCUUUCCACCCCAUCCCCUUGUCAGUCUUCUCCCUUCUCCCUCUUUCCUGUCCGUCCGAGAUUCACCAUGCUCAUUAAGGAGUACCGCAUCCCCAUGCCUAUGAGUGUGGAGGAGUAUCGCAUCGCCCAGCUCUACAUGAUCCAGAAAAAGAGCAGAGAGGAGAGCUGCGGUGAGGGUAGUGGAGUAGAGAUACUUGAAAAUAAGCCCUACACUGAUGGACCAGGUGGGACGGGUCAGUACACUCACAAGGUGUAUCACAUUGGUAUGCACAUUCCCAGCUGGUUCCGUUCCAUUCUGCCCAAAGCUGCCCUGCGGGUUGAAGAGGAGUCAUGGAACGCCUAUCCUUACACCCGCACCAGAUACACUUGCCCCUUCGUCGAGAAGUUUUCCAUUGAUAUCGAAACCUAUUACAAAGCGGACACCGGCAAUCAACCAGAUGUCUUUAAUUUGUCUGCAGCUGACAAGAGGCAAAGAACUAUAGAUCCCAUUGAUAUAGUUACAGACCCCAUCGCCCCUCAUGAGUACAAAGCAGAGGAAGACCCAAGGUUUUAUAAGUCAGUCAAAACCCAGAGGGGUCCUCUGAGGGACGAUUGGAUCGAGGAGUACAACAAUAACCCUGGAAAGACCCCCAUUAUGUGUGCCUACAAACUCUGCAAAGUAGAGUUUCGUUACUGGGGCAUGCAGUCCAAAAUUGAACGCUUCAUACAUGAUGUUGGGCUGAGGAAGGUGAUGGUGCGUGCUCACCGACAGGCCUGGUGUUGGCAAGACGAGUGGUAUGGUCUCACCAUUGAGGACAUCCGGCAGCUCGAACUGGAAACCCAGCUGGCCUUGGCGAGGAAGAUGGCUCAGUUUUGUCAAGCAGAGGAGGCCACCGAAGCUAGUGAAUGCGUGCCAUCUCCAGACAAAGACAAAGAGGUUAAAGAGGCGAUCAGCUCCAUUGAAGCAGAAGAAACUGAUGCCAGAUCUGUCGGAGAGACUCUUCAACCACGAGGUGUUCUCACCAAGCAGUGGUCCACUUCGUCCCGAUCCUCCCGCUCGUCCAAGAGAGGAGUGAGCCCCUCACGCCACAGCCUCUCAGAAUGGAGGAUGCAGAGCAUAGCCAGAGACUCGGACGACAGCUCGGACGAGGAGUUCUUUGACGCACACGAGGAUUUUUCAGAUGGCGAGGAAGUCUUCCCAAAAGAAAUUACCAAAUGGAACUCCAAUGACUUGAUGGACAAGAUUGAAGCUGCAGAAGAAACUCAAGAUGAGCUCCUGAAAGACAUGACCUUGGAUUAUGACAGAGCAGGAAGUGAGGACAGACUGGAUGAGAUCCGUGACUCUCUUAGUGGCCAAGCUGAUAGCUCUCCCAUUCCCACCAUCAUGGUAACAAGGCACCAGUCAGAGAGCUCCGUCCAGCAAUGCCUGCAGCCUUCCAAAAUCCACGUGCUGAUCUUGGUCCUUCACGGUGGGAACAUCCUGGAUACGGGCGGCGGCGACCAGAACAGCAAGCAGGCCGACGUCAACACAAUUAGUACGGCUUUUGACACGGUCAUGCGUGUUCACUACCCCGCCGCGCUGGGACGUAUUGCCAUCCGCUUGGUGCCCUGCCCUGCCAUCUGUGCCGAGGCCUUCUCCUUGGUGUCUAACCUCAGCCCUUACAGCUACGAUGAAAGCUGUCUGUGCAGCAGCCAAGACCACAUCCCGCUGGCAGCUCUGCCCCUGCUGGCCACCUCGUCUCCACAGUACCAGGACGCCGUCGCCACGGUCAUCGUCCGAGCAAACCAGGUUUAUGCUGACUUUCUAAAGUCUUUGGACGGGGCUGCCUUCUCAGGCCAGGUGUGCCUCAUAGGUGAUUGUGUAGGAGGAAUCUUGGGGUUUGACGCCCUGUGCAAUAGUAACCCCACCGUAAACGAAAGCCAGAACAGCAGUCGCAGAGGCAGCGUGAUCAGCGUGCAGGACCAGGACCUUCUCUCCCCUGGUAUCAUCAUCAACAGCGUACAUGGCUCAGCCUCUCCAACGCUGGAGGGCAGCCGCCACCUCAGCCGCAGUAACAUUGAUAUUCCUCGUGCCAGCGUGGGGGACGAAAUGAAGAGGCAGCUGCCACGCAAGAGGAGCGACUCCUCCACCUACGAACUGGACACGAUCAAACAGCAUCAAGCUUUUUUGUCCAGCUUGCAUUCCAGCGUCUUGCGUAAUGACGCCACCUCGCGAAGGUCGAGCAGCAGCACUAUGCUGGACGGAUCUUCAGUGGGGAAGUUUGACUUUGAGGUGUCUGAUUUUUUCCUCUUCGGCUCCCCUUUGGGCUUGGUUUUAGCCCUACGGAAGACUGUCAUUCCAAUGUUGGAUGUGGCCCAGCUGCGGCCUGCUUGUCAGCAGGUCUAUAAUUUGUUCCACCCAGCCGAUCCAUCAGCAUCCCGCUUGGAGCCUCUGCUGGAGAGGAAAUUUCACCUCCUACCUCCCUUUAAUGUACCUCGUUAUCAACGCUUUCCCCUUGGAGAUGGGAACUCUGCUCUGCUCGUGGAGACAGUCCAGAGCAACGCUCAGCUGCUACUUGAUAGCGGGCCCCCCUUGUCCUUUCGCUGUCAGGAGACCAUCAGUGAGACCUGCAUUCCUGUGCCCGUGCUAAACUGGCAAGAGGGCUGCCUCAAAGCCACACCCGCCUUUAUGGAGUCGGAUGUUGUUCAGUCUCAUGGUGGUGUCUUCAUGGACAGUUCGUACCCCUCAUCCCCUGUAACAGGCCCCCUCUCCCGGGGCCAGCGGAGGGCCAGUGAGGUCAGCAUUGCCAGCCAGGUCUCAGGAAUGGCAGACAGUUACACUGCCACCAACAUAGCCAACACAAAACCAGACCAGAACAAACAAUCAAAAACGUUCAGUUUUUUGUCUUUACUCGCCAUACCCCAAAACAAAUUCUCAAUGAGAAGUCCUCCAAAGUCCCGUAAAAAAGCCGAGGCUGACCGGACUGUGGGAUCUACCGAUGCAGAACUAGAGCUCCAGCUGGAUUCUGAGACAAACUCUUGUGACAGUCUGAGUCAAUCGUCCCAGUAUGAGAGCUACCUGUCAGCGGGGCUGGACAGUGCUAUAUGUGACCUUGUAUCUCUGGACUCCCAAGUGGAUGAAGUUGCAGGACGUUGGUGGGGCACAAAAAGGCUGGACUUUGCCCUGUAUUGCCCCGAUGCUCUGACUGCUUUUCCCACAGUAGCAUUGCCUCACCUUUUCCACGCUUCGUACUGGGAAUCCACAGAUGUUGUUUCUUUUCUCCUGAGACAGGUCAUGAGGCAUGAAAACUCAAGCAUUCUGGAGCUUGAUGGGAAAGAAGUGUCUGAAUUUACUCCAUCUAAACCUCGAGAAAAGUGGCUCCGCAAGAGGACUCAUGUCAAGAUAAGGAACGUGACCGCCAACCACCGCGUGAACGACGCCGUGUUCACAGAGGACAGCCAACAAGUUGUGACGGGCCGCUUCAUGUACGGCCCUUUGGACAUGGUGACUUUAGCUGGGGAAAAGGUCGACCUCCACAUCAUGACCCAGCCUCCCUCUGGAGAGUGGGUGUAUUUCUGCACUGAGGUGACCAACAGCAGUGGUCGGGUGUCUUUUAUCAUCCCAGAAGACAAGCGUCUGGGCAUCGGAGUCUAUCCGAUUAAAAUGGUUGUACGAGGCGACCACACGUUUGCAGACAGCUACCUGACUGUUAUUCCCCGUGGCACCGAGUUUGUCGUGUUUAGCAUCGAUGGCUCUUUUGCUGCCAGUGUGUCCAUUAUGGGCAGUGACCCCAAAGUGCGAGCAGGAGCUGUGGACGUCGUCAGGUACUGGCAGGAUUUGGGUUAUUUGAUCAUUUAUGUUACUGGGCGCCCAGACAUGCAGAAGCAGCGAGUUGUGGCGUGGCUUUCCCAGCACAACUUCCCGCAUGGAAUCGUCUCGUUUUGUGACGGCCUAGUCCACGACCCGCUCAGACACAAGGCCAACUUCCUCAAAUCUCUGACAGAGGCUCAUAUGAAGAUUUACGUUGGCUAUGGAUCCAGCAAAGACAUCUCUGUCUACACCUCCAUUGGCCUCCUACCGUCCCAGAUCUAUAUUGUCGGCAGACCCACAAAGAAGAUGCAGCACCAGUGUCAGUUCAUCACAGAGGGGUACGCAGCUCAUUUGUCGCAGCUGGAGUACAGCCACCGUUCUCGGCCAGCCAAGUCCAGCAGCGCGCGCAUGGUGCUACGGAAAGGCAGCUUCGGUUUAGGUGCAAACAGUGACUUCCUGAGAAAGAGGAACCACCUGUUGCGUACGAUAUCUUCCCAACCGGCCCCCAGCUCCCCGACCGGCAGCAUCCACAACAGACCCGAGCGCACACAGAGCCAGUCGGACAGCGAGCGUCUGGAGCGGGAGCGUCUGGAGCGCACUCACAGCCACACGCAGGGAGCGACUCAGCGCAGCAUGAGCAUCACUGCCAGCUGCUGGGGCCGCAGCAGCAGCACCAAGCUGGAUCCGAGCUUGUUCAGCCCAAAGUGAGGAGUCAGAGACACGGGGAGAGGACUCGCUAAAGUGGCUUUAAAGAUGCAGCGCUCCAAAAAGAGACAAAAAGUGAAUGAAAAGACUGCUGGUUGGCACUGGAAGGGUAAAUAGCACAAGGAUAACUGGUGCUACAACCCCCACUUAGAAAACAUUCACCUUAAAUAUUUAAGGACACCAGGGGAUUUAUCAACCCUAAAGUCUGAAAAACAAAUAUCCACAUUAAGCUAAUAUGGUAGAUUCAGACUGUUUUUGCUCAUGAAUAUUUAUCAUUAUUAAAUAAAAGGUCAGUUCUCUUCCUCCAACAAGCCUUUAAGCUGGAGAUUGUUACAUGUAAAGCAUUUCUUUUCUCCUGAGCAAACAGGAAGACGUUGUUACUCACUAAAACGCCACUGCAGCAAACAUGGCCAAUGCAAGCACAACAGCGGCAGCGAAGUAAGCUUCAUGUGUAGUAUUAAGGCUUUUCUUCAGGUAUGUUCCGUCCUGAGAGCAAAGGCAGAGUGACUGUGGACAAUGUAUUUCAAUAUUUUUUUUUUUACUUGAUGCCAAAAUAAAUCUUAAAAGCACUGCGGUCCUUUAUCAGCAGUAAAGACGACUGGUUCAGUGAUUUAUAGGCCAAUAGAGAUAAUCUGAUUACUUACUUACAAACUGUAUAGACUUUAGGUUCCAGCUUUGUCUAUUUAUUUCUUUUCCUUCCUGUCAAGCAUAAAGACUUAUUGGAGCGUCAUGGGAAGCAAAUGGCUAAAUCCCCCUUUAAGCACGGAUGCAGCUGGAACUGUUCUUUGUAUUUUGUAAUGCUGCUCGUCCAACGUGUGACGCAGCUGUGGAGAAAACUGCUACCUCUGCACACUGAGCGUGCCAGAGUAAAACAGUCUGGAACAUGUGAGCAAGGAGGCGGGCGUGUAAAAAUUUGAAUGGGGUACGAUACCACACAAAGUUUUGUACAUAAUCGUUCCAUUACAGUGCAGAUCUGGUAUCUGGUUGGCUGAAAACCAGUUUCAAGUGUCUUAUUUACUCUGGAGGUGAACAGCAGAUCAUUCAGGACAUGUUUUACUGAUCAGUGAAUAUUGCUAUUUAAGGUUUUAGCUAUUUUUAAACAUUGAUUUUGUGAACAAAAAUGUGUUUUAAGAUUACUUUUUGCUAUGUGGUGUACUUAUUUUCCCUUCCAAUUCAAGUUGCAGCCGCCAAAAUGCAAAGUUUUUCAUGGAACAGUAUUGUAUUUGUAUUAUUCUGGCAAAUUACUAUCAUUGUAUCAACUUCUUAUGUCAUAUUAUUGUAUGUUUCUUAUUACUAGGGAUUUUUGGAAAUUUGGGGUUUGGCUUCUUUCUGAUUAUCCCUGAACUGUAAAUGAGGCAUUGAAUGUUCUCUUAGAGAUAAUCUAAUUUCUAGUUACUUUUUUUUGUUUUUGCUCUGCUGCACCUUUUGAGGAGAAAAAUGUGCAAACUGUAAAUCCUGUACGAUACCUUGUUGAAAUUAGGAAUAUGAGCUGAGACCUGCCUUAUGCUAGCAGCUGUUUAUUUCAAGAAAUGGGUGAAAAUAUGGUGAGCUUUUUUCGUCGCAAUUCAGGUGAUGGCGAUGUGUCCCUUUAACAGACUGGUGCAGAGUUGACUGUAGUGGACCAAAAUGGGCUCAAACACAAAAAGGGAAUUGUGCAAUAUUGCUGGACAAGCAUCGUCAGAUAAAACCAGCCGUUUGAGAAACAUCACGGUGAAAUGACAAUCAGAGGAAGUAGCUGGUGCAGAGGGUGUUGCUCCCAUUCUAUACUCCUCAAGAGAACACAACACUGGCCUGUGGAAUGUCACAUUUAGGUGAGCAGUUGACACCCCUGCACUCAAAUGAUUUUAUUGAUGAGAUCAUCUUUAAAUUCUACCAAACCUAAGAAAAGUUCCACAAUUAGAGGUCUUUUUCUUUAUGACUUAUGCCUCAGUAAGGGUAGAUUAUAUUGUUAGGCUUUCAUGUCCCUACAACCUUUUUAAAUGAUGGAUGCUGCAAACCAUUGUAACCAGGACCCCUCUGCCUUUUUAUUCUAAUAAAAUUAGCACAAAGCGACGAGACUGCUGGUUAAAAUAAAAACGGCGGGUUGUGCGUUCAAACAAAAAACAGGCCGCCCUGAAAUAAAACAAAGCAUAACUCUUAAACCAUAUUUCCUGAUGGGAACCUAGAGAAUGUAAAGCUGAAAUGCUGCAAAGCUUGGUGAAGUUUGGAUACCUCUGGGCAGACAAUCUGCUAUGGACUAACUUUACCAGAGGCCUUAAAUGUCCCUUUCCUGCCUUAUGUUGACCAUUAUCUGGCAAGGCCGAGAAUGGACGCUCUUCUUAGGGAAGGACAGACUGUUCGUGUAGACUUUGUGGAUAAAUGAUGAGGCCAUAUUUUCCUAAAAGACUGCUUUCUUUUGAUCCGACAUAUUUUCCUAAUAGUAGGCAAUGGGUUGCUGUCUCAAGCUCUGUUCCGAGGGUUGAUGCAAUGACAGCUGUUUCUUCAACAGUUCGCUUGUUAACUGUAUAUAACUUGGUGAGUCAUGCUUGAAAAGUCAUACAUGUACAGGAUGUGGAACUUGUAGGGUUUGGAUAAUUUCAUUUUAUCCAUACUCAUGUGAUUUAUGUACAGUGUAUAAAGAAAAUAUAAAGAUAUGAGAAAU